CCUCUGUUUUUCUUUUUAUUGUCCUGCGAGAAGCAGUUCGUAUUGAGUGUUGUGUUGUCAUAUACGCAGUUGCCACAUACGGCACUUUGGUGUUUCGGUCGUGCGCCUUUGUGUUGUAAGCACUUGCAAGCUGAAGGACGAAUUUCUUCGCUGACGUCUUUCUUUGUCAAUUCGUGGCGCCCUCAACCGCAAAUAUCGUUGUCGUUGAUACGAAGCGAUGUUUGCGCCUCGAGGGGCGUUUACAUUCGCCGGGAGAUUUGCGGCAGUUGAUUCGUGCAACACUGUAAUUCGUGCCUAUGAAAUAUAGGUCGUUUUAAUAAAGUCGAAACCAACCUCACCCCGUUCAUCCGUUGUGCACCAUGGAUUCUGCACUCAUGCAGACUAAAGGCGACCAAGACGACAAGAUGCAAGAAAUUAGUGAGCUGCUUGUUGCAGCCGGUUACUUUCGUGCUCGAAUUAAAGGAAUAUCGUCUUUCGACAAGAUUGUCGGUGGCAUGGCAUGGGCAAUAGAAGUCUGCGCUGUGGACAUCGAUGUCGACCUUCCAUUUAACGAAAAUCUCAGCAUCGGUCAAAAGAUAUCACUGACAGAGAAGAUAGUGCGAGUGUUGCUCCGAAUGAAAUGUCCGCAUAGGAUCGAACCCCAUCAGAUACAAGGCUCGGAUUUCGAUCACAUAUUUCCUGUCAUUCAAUGGCUCGUGAAAAAGGCCAUUGAAACAAAGGCAGAAACUGAGGACAUUCACCGCGAGUAUGCUGUCUACCUGUUCAAUAAGGGCCAUGGCUCAGUGGACACAUCCAGCAAGGACACAUCUGGCAGAGCGCCAUCUGCUGCAGCCUUCUCAAACGCAUAUGCCACUCUGCAGGAGCGGUACCGCCCAAGGCGUCGCUACCGUCAUCAUGCUCGGCACACGCUUAAGACUGAAGCUGCCCAGGUGCAGGCCACUCUCCUUGAGUACGGCUCUGGCACACAUCGAACCAGGGGUGCUGAGGGUGACCAGUCCCAGCAGGAAUCGGAGGUGAUUCUGAGCAACAUGGCUCCACUAGCUUCUGCUGAGGGGCGUCUGACCACCAAGUCUGUGGGGAAUAUUGUACAGAAGCAAGCUGCUGAAGCCCGCGAGAUUGCUGAAGACUUGGAGCGAAGGCCAAUGAUCCACAUGCCUGGUGCUGCCCGUCAUGCAAGGCUGCUCAGCUCUGUGCAAAAGCAGCUGGAAGCCAAGAAGGAGGUCUUGCAGAAGGCUCAGGACCAACUUGAGAAGCUGCGUGAAGAGUAUGAGCUGCUGCAGAAAGAAGACAAAGAGGCCGAGGCCCAGCUUGAAGAAGUGCGUGCGGCCGCCAAGCGCAUUGCCGAAGGUGUUGGCAGCCAGGAACCACAGCUGGCGAAACUGUGCACGCUGCUGCGCAUCAAUGCUGAGCUGGCCGACCAGGAGUCUCGCUUCCGAGCCAGCUGCCGGCAAGAGAUGCAGCGGUUGCAGGAGCUCGUGGCUUCGCCAGAGCCCGAGCAGGCGGCUGGCAGCAGUGCAGAGGACAGCCAAGUCGAGGCCCAGUGUCAACAGGAAAGGGAGAGGCUGCAACGCGUGCGACUCCUCCUGGCUAAGAAGAACAGGGAGAUUGCAGCCAUACAAAGGAAGAUUGAUGAAGUGCCAUCGCGUGCAGAAUUGAAUCAGUAUCAGCGUCGUUUUGUCGAAUUAUACGGCCAAGUGGCUGCAACCCACCGAGAAACGAAGCAGUUCUUCACACUCUACAACACUUUGGAUGACAUUCGCAUGUAUUUGGACAAAGAGAUUGGUCUACUCAACUCGGUGCUGGAAAACUUCACAGAGGCCAUGUCAAACCUCGCCACCAAAGAUCAGUUCCUGGCGCAGUUCGAGCAGAUUGUUGAAGGUGUGAAACAGAAUCGGUUGAAG